AGGCAAGUAAACUCGUCAUGUCAUAUGUAGCUGCUGUGUGUGGAAAAGGGGCAGAGGUUAAUCAAGUAAAAGAACAACUUUUGCAGUCAAAUCCAGUUCUUGAAGCUUUUGGAAAUGCCAAAACUGUGAGGAAUGACAACUCCUCUAGAUUUGGAAAAUAUAUGGAUAUUGAGUUUGAUUUCAAGGGUGACCCACUUGGAGGAGUUAUAAGCAACUAUCUGCUGGAGAAGUCUCGUGUUGUUAAGCAGCCAAGAGGUGAAAGAAACUUUCACAUUUUCUAUCAGAUACUGUCUGGUGCCUCGGAAGACUUCCUCUGUAAACUCAAACUGGAGCGGGACUUCAGCAGGUACAACUACCUGGGCCUUGAUUCUGCCAAAGUGAAUGGAGUGGACGAUGCUGCAAACUUCAGAACAGUCAGGAAUGCAAUGCAAAUUGUUGGUUUUAUGGAUCAUGAAACACAGUCUAUUUUUGAAGUGGUGGCAGCCGUUCUGAAACUGGGAAAUAUUGAAUUUAAGCCUGAAUCUCGUGUGAAUGGCUUAGAUGAAAGUAAAAUCAAAGAUAAAAAUGAACUCAAGGAAAUCUGUGAGUUGACGGGUAUAGACCAAUCCGUAUUGGAAAGAGCUUUCAGCUUCCGGACAGUUGAAGCCAAGCAAGAGAAGGUUUCAACAACACUGAAUGUGGCUCAGGCUUAUUACGCCCGUGAUGCUCUGGCAAAGAAUUUGUACAGUCGACUGUUUUCUUGGCUUGUUACCCGAAUCAAUGAAAGCAUUAAGGCACAAACAAAAGUGAGAAAGAAGGUAAUGGGGGUGCUGGACAUCUAUGGCUUCGAAAUUUUUGAGGACAACAGCUUUGAGCAAUUCAUUAUCAACUACUGUAAUGAGAAGUUGCAGCAGAUCUUCAUUGAACUGACCCUCAAAGAAGAGCAGGAGGAAUACAUCCGAGAGGGGAUUGAAUGGACUCAUAUUGAGUAUUUCAACAAUGCCAUCAUUUGUGACCUAAUAGAAAAUAACCAAACUGGAAUCCUGGCCAUGCUAGAUGAAGAAUGCCUGAGACCAGGAACUGUUACCGAUGACACCUUUUUGGAAAAACUGAACCAAGUCUGUGCCACUCACCAGCAUUUUGAGAGCAGGAUGAGCAAGUGCUCCCGGUUCCUCAAUGACACCUCCUUGCCUCAUAGCUGCUUCAGGAUUCAGCAUUACGCUGGCAAGGUUAUGUACCAGGUGGAAGGAUUUGUUGACAAAAAUAAUGAUCUUCUAUACCGUGACCUCUCCCAGGCCAUGUGGAAGGCCAGUCACUCUCUUAUCAAAGCGUUGUUCCCAGAAGGUAACCCCGCUAAGAUCAAUCUAAAGAGACCACCAACGGCAGGUUCACAGUUCAAGGCUUCGGUUGCUACCCUGAUGAAAAAUCUUCAGACAAAAAAUCCAAACUACAUUAGGUGCAUCAAACCCAAUGACAAAAAGGCUGCACACGUUUUCAAUGAUGCCCUGGUGUGCCACCAGGUCCGCUACCUUGGUCUCCUGGAGAAUGUCCGAGUCAGAAGGGCAGGUUAUGCGUUCAGGCAGGCGUACGAGCCUUGCCUGGAAAGGUACAAAAUGCUGUGUAAGCAGACAUGGCCCCACUGGAGAGGGCCAGCCAGGGCUGGAGUAGAGGUACUGUUUAAUGAAUUGGAAAUCCCUGAAGAAGAAUUUUCAUUUGGUAGAUCAAAGAUAUUCAUUCGCAACCCAAGAACGCUCUUCAAGCUAGAAGAUCUGAGAAAGCAGCGGUUGGAGGACUUGGCUACUCUAAUUGAGAAGAUUUAUAGAGGUUGGAAGUGCCGCACACGCUUCUUGUUAAUGAAAAAAAGCCAGAUUGUGAUUGCUUCUUGGUACCGGAGAUAUGCACAACAAAAAAAGUAUCAGAAGAUAAAGAGUUCGGCUAUUAUAGUGCAGUCUUACAUCAGAGGAUGGAAGGCUCGGAAGCUUCUUCGGGAACUUAAGCAUCAGAAGCGUUGUAACGAGGCUGCCACAAUAAUUGCCGCUUAUUGGCGUGGUACCCAGGCGCGAAGGGAACUGAGACGACUGAAGGAGGAGGCUAGAAAUAAACAUGCUAUUGCUGUUAUUUGGGCUUACUGGCUUGGAUAUAAGGCUCGAAGGGAAUUGAAACGCUUGAAGGAGGAGGCUAGGCGUAAGCAUGCUGUUGCAGUCAUUUGGGCUUACUGGCUUGGACUGAAGGUCCGUAGAGAGUACCGGAAAUUCUUCAGAGCCAAUGCUGGAAGAAAAAUUUAUGAAUUUACCCUUCAGAGACUUAUGCAAAAAUACUUCAUGGAAAUGAAGAAUAAGAUACCUUCUUUAUCACCAAUAGAUAAAAACUGGCCAGCAAGACCUUACCUUUUCUUGGAUUCAACUCACAAGGAGCUAAAGAGGAUUUUCCAUUUGUGGAGGUGUAAAAAGUACAGAGACCAGUUCACAGAUCAGCAGAAGCUUAUAUAUGAAGAAAAACUGGAAGCAAGUGAACUUUUCAAGGACAAGAAGGCUUUAUAUCCGGCCAGUGUUGGGCAGCCGUUCCAAGGGGCUUACUUGGAAAUCAGCAAGAACCCCAAGUACAAAAAACUGAAAGAUGCUGUGGAUGAAAAGAUCAUUAUUGCAGAAGUUGUGAAUAAGAUCAAUAGAGCUAAUGGGAAGGCUACAUCCAGGAUUUUCUUAUUAACCAAAAAUAAUGUUCUUCUUGCGGAUCAAAAAUCUGGGAAUAUCAAGUCAGAGGUUCCACUGGGAGAUGUUACUAAAGUGUCCAUGAGCUCCCAAAAUGAUGGCUUCUUUGCAGUGCACCUCAAGGAGGGUUCAGGAGCAGCUGGUAAAGGAGAUUUCCUGCUCAGCAGUGAUCACCUUAUUGAAAUGGCCACUAAACUUUACCGCACUACUCUCAGCCAAACCAAACAGAAGCUCAACAUUGAGAUAUCUGAUGAGUUUCUGGUCCAGUUCAGACAAGACAAAGUGUGCGUGAAGUUCAUACAAGGCAGCCAGAAAAAUGGCAACAUCCCAACUUGCAAGCGAAAAAACAAUCGGCUUCUUGAAGUGGCUGUCCCUUAACUGCAGCUGGUGACUCUCCCUUUCAUGGACUUGUUUCUUUGUAAUAGUGCAAUUUUAGUUGUUUGGUUUUGCUGGUUUUAUCCCUUUCUGGAGCUGUUGAUGGCUAAUAGCUUAAGAAGCCCUUGGCAAAACAUUUGAUCAAUCGACUUUUUAAUCUUUUUGUUCGUGCCAGAAUUUUAACCCUCAAAAUGCAGACUUUACCCAGUGAAGCAUUUUUACCAGCUGGCAUGUAUCUGUCAUACAUGAAUCAUUCUCUUUGUUUAGCAGUCAUAUUUUAGUACAGCAUACCGUAAACCCACACAUGAAUGAUAAAUUACUCAUAUUCCUUAGUCUAGAGAUCUGCUUGACAGGAACUCAUGGCCUUGAUGCCUGAUGGCCACUUGUGCCCAGUGUCUUUUUAUACUGACGUGUUCUGGUGUUCUGAUGGGCUCCUUGCUUGCCACCACUGGGGAGACCUGCAGAAUGGAGAUGGUCACACUAACUCCUGUAGGUAACACUAGGAGCUAUGUAACUUGAUCUUUUAGUCAAUACAGCACAGGAAC